AUCUCCUUUCCUCCUUUCCCUUCACAUAUCCUUCUCUCUCUGUCUUAUGAUAAUCACGUUUUUCGAGAGAAUCCCCUUCGACUCCUGACCCGAAAACCUCUCUCUCUCUCAUAUGGACAUCACCCGAAUUCGCCACAAGCAAUCCACAUCCACCGACCGCUUCCUCCGCGCGUUUUCCCACUCGCCUCCCGACACCGCCGGCCCCAGCACAAGCUCCGCCGCCGGCGACGAGCUCAACGAGGACGACAUCUUCUGGACCGGCGAUUCCGUGGCCGAAUCUCCGCGCCACGACGGCAACGGCCAGAACAACCACAUCCCUAGCUCUCCUUCGUCCACCGCCUCUCGCGUUAACAAUCACAGCAACCGGAUUGCUCACUCCAAAGGCGGUUUCGCCCCGCCCGAGGGCUUCGGAAUCCUCGCCGCGCUUCCCGAGAACGAAACCUCGUCGCCGAAUCUCCGCGACCUCUCGCACUUCUUCGUCAAGGCUUCGGUCUCGUCGUCCUCUUCCUCCUCGCCGACGUCGUCCCGCCUCAUUCCGGUGAUUCCGAAGCCUCCUCAGGACCGCAUCACGCCAAUUAAUUCUUCCGUCAAGUACCACCAGUCCGCGCCGGUGAACGUCCCGAUGCUGUCGGAGGCGAUGAGGAGGCCCCGGGAUUUCUUCGCGGAGGUUGAUGCCGACGCCGACGAUGGCGAUGCCGAGAUGUUGCCGCCGCACGAGAUUGUGGCGAGGAGCUUAGCACACUCGCCGCUGCUAUCGUGCUCGGUUCUCGAAGGCGCGGGGAGAACCUUGAAGGGCAGAGAUCUUCGCCAGGUCAGGAAUGCGGUGUUUCGGCAAACAGGUUUUCUUGACUGAGAAUUUGGAUAAUAUUCCUCUACUUUCUUGGGAAACAAACGUGUUCCUUUCUGUAUUCUUUCCCGUUUUGCAAGAAUUUGUUUCAAGUGUUUGAUUUCUUUAUCAAACAUUUUAUGUAAUUGGACUUGCGGGAAAAAGAAGAGAGAAGUGUUUAGGGUAAUUAGAAGCUCAUUUUUGUUUUAUUAUUGUUCUUAUUAUUUAUUUGUAGUUCCUAGAAAAUUUUUAGGACUAGAGUUGGUACCAAAUUCUUAUUUCUAAGCAUUUUAUUUCUUGGAAAUU